AAUAGUUAUCAGUUUUAAAUUAAAAAACUCACCUAAAAAAUGUCUAAAAAAUGUAAUUGUCUUAAUUUAUUAUCAAUUAACUAAUUAUUAUCAAUAGAUUAAAUAUAUAAAAAAGAGUAUCGAAUCUUCAUGUUGACUUUUUGCUGUUGAAUUUUUACCACAUUGAUUGCCCCAUCUAAUACAUCUCAUUUGCUAGAACAUUUUUUUUAUCUUUGGCUCGUUUUUUUCUUGUUAGCCGUUUUUUAUGGGUUUUUUCAAAUGAUUCCAUUUGCAAUUGCCUUCAAUUAGCGGGCUUUAAAACAAACGUCAAUAGAGUUGGCAUUAAAUUCAAUCCACAGUUCUGGCACAUAUAUAAAUAGGAAACAUCGUCGACUCUUUGACUGCCAGUUGUGUGGAGAGUAUUGACGUGGUCUGUCGAUUGAAUUAAAUAUAUAUAUAUAUAGAUAUGUAUAUAUGUAACAUAUUUUCAACGCUGAAUUAAAUAUUUAAAAAGAAAAAUAUGCUCUUGUUGCUGUACGCAGUGUUGUCGAUUUUGCUGCUGGGCACGCACUUGAGUGGCGCGUCGACGGCUGACAAGGAUGUGGCACCAGUUGGCGAUUCAAAAACGGAUUUGCUGUCAUUGGAGCAGGAAAUUGGCGGCUCUGCGGUGCGGGUGCGGGUUCGUGAAUCUGUAUCCGGGCGGAAACUGCAUCCGGUUCGUCGUAGGCGUGGCAUCUUCUUCAGCGGCAGCAUCACGGGUUUUCCCUUUCUCAAUUGGGCCAGCGGUUAUUCCUGGGCAUAUUCAGGUUACCCAUAUAACUACUACAACUCACCAUCGCCUGGUUAUUAUGGUUAUGGUAGUGGCUAUUAUCCUGGCUACCUGGGCUAUCAGAAAAUUAUCUACGGUUAAUGUAAAGUUUAAGAAGAAAGAAAGUACGCAAAUCGAUUAAGAGAAAGAGAACCUUUCAAUGUGAGAUUAUAAAUAAUGCCCAUGAAGGACCAACGAUGACCCUUUCGCCGUUUGUUAUUUUACUUAUUGUUGCUUCAGCUUUUUAAAUUAAUUUUCCGGAUACGAAGAAAAAAAGUUAAGCUAAGUUGUAUAGAAAGAGAGAGAGAGGGGAGAGAGGGAAAAGAACAUCAUGAAAUUGCACAAUUUAUAUUCAUUUUUUGGUGGGGAAGCACAGAUUUUGCAUAAAUCAUUUCGCAGCGACCAAAAAUGAAACGCGUAACAUAAUUUUUAACCCUUGAUAAUUUUUUAUGACAAGCAUUUUGCGUUAUUUUCCCUCCAUCUACCUUGUUGUUAUUGUUGUUGUUGUUGUUGCUGCUACUGUGGGCCACAGCGAAAUGCAAAUAAAGCGGAUCAAAAGUUUGUUGUUAAAAGAAGAUUAAUUGCAAUUUGGUGGCAAGACCUGAAACAUUUCGGACCCAACUCUCUCUCUUCAAUUUACCAGAACCCUUCUCCAUCUCCCAGCCUUGCUGGGUGUUGGUUGGUAAUUAAAUAUUUUUAAGCUGUAAAUGGUUUCCAUUUGCGUGAUGCUGCUGCUGCUGUUGCUGUUCUUAUUUUGUAUUUGCAAUCAAUAAAAUUCAUUAAACGUACAACAAUAACAAGCAGUCGGGAGUAAAAAAAAAAAAAAAAACAAAAAACCAAAACAAAAAUGGAACAAGAAAAAUCAAAUAAAAUAAAUUCCAGGCAUGGUCUUAGUUUCAAUUGCCACUCGGCAGUUGUAAAUUGUUCUUCUAUAAGUGCUGUCCUGGCAGUUGUUGCAGUUUUGCAAGUGGCUAUUGUUUAUUCAUUCCGUUUUAUAAUCAUUUUAUUGCCGAGGUAUGCUGAUUUUUUAAUCAAUUUACAUAAUUUAUGCAUUUUUUAUGAACUUAAUUCCCAGUUGGGAGUACUAUAACCCAAAUGGCCAGCCAUUCGGCUUGUGAAUUGUUAAAGACAGGUAUGGGGACCAGGGCGGAAUGAUUGCAAAUUUGAUAGUUGAUCUGCUAUAAUAUUGAAUUAUCUUUAUAAAAGCAGUUGUCACAUUGUAAAUCAUUAAAAAUUAAUUAUUGAUUCAACAUUGGCUUUAUUUACAGCGCUCUUUCGAUUUUCAUAUCAAAAGUUACAAAUAUUUCCAUAAAUUAAAGUGAAUUCUCGCUCUGCAAAUUGUUUAAAAUAUAAGCAUAAUUAAUAAGUUGCCAGAUGGAAAUUAAUUUUGGUUGUGUAUUAAAUGAAAUGGGAAAAGUUUU